CGCGCACAGCACCGGGCGCAGCCGCCGCCGCCGCCUCAGCCGCAGCAGCGCCGAGACCGCCGCGCCCUCCUCGUCCUCCUUUUCCUCCUCCUUCCUCCUCCUUCUCCUCCUCCCGGAGCCCGCAGCCUCCUCGCCCCUCUCCCCCCCGGACCCCGCGAAGAUGGUGGACCGCGAGCAGCUGGUGCAGAAGGCCCGGCUGGCCGAGCAAGCCGAGCGAUACGACGACAUGGCGGCCGCCAUGAAGAACGUGACAGAGCUGAACGAGCCCCUGUCCAACGAAGAGAGGAACCUGCUGUCCGUGGCCUACAAGAACGUGGUGGGGGCGCGGCGCUCGUCCUGGCGAGUCAUCAGCAGCAUCGAGCAGAAGACCUCUGCGGAUGGCAACGAGAAGAAGAUCGAGAUGGUCCGCGCCUACCGCGAGAAGAUCGAGAAGGAGCUGGAAGCCGUGUGCCAGGAUGUGCUGAGCCUGCUGGACAACUACCUGAUCAAGAACUGCAGCGAGACGCAGUACGAGAGCAAAGUCUUCUACCUGAAGAUGAAAGGGGACUAUUACCGCUACCUGGCCGAGGUGGCCACCGGCGAGAAGAGGGCGACCGUGGUGGAGUCUUCGGAGAAGGCCUAUAGCGAAGCCCACGAGAUCAGCAAGGAGCACAUGCAGCCCACCCACCCCAUCCGGCUCGGGCUGGCCCUUAACUACUCGGUUUUCUACUACGAGAUCCAGAACGCGCCGGAGCAGGCCUGCCACCUGGCCAAGACGGCCUUCGACGACGCCAUCGCCGAGCUGGACACCCUCAACGAGGACUCCUACAAGGACUCAACGCUCAUCAUGCAGCUCCUCCGCGACAACCUAACGCUCUGGACGAGCGAUCAGCAAGACGACGACGGCGGAGAAGGCAACAACUAGACCCCCCCGAUGGACUGGCAGCCGCACGCUGAUGCUAACUACUGCAGUCUUUAUUUUUUUCCCACGAGUGGGGGGGGGUCCGGGGUGGGGGAGGGAAAGGGAGGGGACACCUUCCCAGGGAGGCCCCCCACAACCUGUCUUUGAUUGCCUCGUUGACAUUUUUGCCAAAACACCACUAGUGGAAGUCAGGCUGGCUGUGCUGGUAUGGAAUAGCAGCCUCACUGGCAUAUGGACUGUUCUGUAGAUUAUUAAUACAAGUGGAGCUGUCUUUAAUUUAACUUUAUUGCUAGAAAUAAAAAAAAAAAAAAAGGGUUUUAAGACGAAUUUGCGUGGAUGGAAUGGCCCUCAUUUGGAAGGAAAGCAACGCAAAAACAUUUGGAUAAAAAAAAAAAAAAGGGAGUUCUGUGGUUCCAGUAAGGCUUCGAGCGUUUGUUUCCGCAGCCCAGGUGCCGUGUGCCCGCACCACGUCGCGGGGCCUCUCUCUGCAGCUCUGCCUGCAAAUCCCCAAAUUGAGAAGGAAUUAAAAAUAAAACCAACAAAACUAAAGAAUUUGGGGCUUGCAAAGCCCUGGGAUUUAGGCCAUCCAAUCUUUAUUUUUUUUUUCCUUUUUUUUCCUUUUUUUUUUCUUUUUUUUUUUUUGGUUGAGAUAUUUAUUAGGGUAGCUUACAGUAUUAACACUAAAUUGCAGUUUACAGUAUUUCUACAUUACAGCCAUAUGACAUCAAGCCUUUGAUUGUCUGUUUUUCUUUCUUUUGCUAGUUCUUUUGGCUUGCCUUCCUGAGCAGUCCUCGCCUGUGGACUGGCUUUAGCUAUUCUGUGUCGCCCAAGGCAAGAAGACCGCCCGCCCCAGGAACAUCAAAGCUGCUCUAGUUUUUUGGUCAACAGCUUAACAGGUGCUUGGCUAGCGGCUGUUUCAACUAUUUUAAGUCCACAGCAAAAGGUUUAAGAACUUAAUUAGACAAAGGGGGAAGUGUUUAAACUUAAAAAAAAAAAAUGCCACUUAAAUAAAAAACAAUAAAAAAAUAUUAAAAAAAAAGAGCAUUCAGGUCUGUAUGUCAUGUACUGUGUUUGGUAUUUCAAAAGACCAUCCUGAUUUAAGGUGCCACAGCUGCUUCCUCAGGGAUUGCACUGCCAUUUCACUCUGCCUGACUUUCUCCCACUGUACCAUGAGGUUUGUCAGCAGAUCUCCAGCACCCAGGGCUCCCUUGUUUGUCACCAGGGAAGCCGGGUGCGUUUUCCUUUCUCCUGGGGAAGCUUGUGGUGUAAUGAGUGAACUUCAGGAGCUUAGACACUAAUUUGGUAGAGAAAUUCCUCAAGGGAAGAGCUACAAUCAUAGACAUUUCUGUCCACCAUCGGGAGCCCAGGAACUUAGUUCUCUUCUUAGCAAAAUCUUUUCUCAGUCUGUCUGAUCCGGCCGGGGGUGGGAGUUGGGGCAUCUGAAUUGCUUAGCAGGUACUACUUACCCCAUUUUGAGUAAGUUUAGCUUUAAUUUUGAUUUUUUUCCAUGGUUGUUGGAGGUUCAGUGCUGUUCCCUGCAGCGCUUCCCCAGCGCCGCGCAGCGAGGAGAACCCGUGCUUUGAUUCAAUCCUUACCGCGAUUCUGAGAUUCUGACGCUGAUUUGGAACCAGGCUUUCCCCGGCCCUUGCGAGAGCCAGCCCGGCACGUGGUGAGGCACACACGGCACCGCUGGGGCACGGACACGGCCCCGGGAGCGCCCCAGCCCGGCUUGGCUUGGCUUGGCUUGGCUUGGUUUGGUUUGGUUUGGUUUGGGUCAGGCUCCCCCUGCUCCGAGUGCCCCGCAGGAAUUGGGGGCGCAGCACCCCAGGGUGAGGGUGUGCGGUGCCGCUGUGUGCCAGGACCGGGAGAUGCUUUAGGCUUUCCCUCUCAUCCACCCCCGUGUCCCGUGAGCAGUGUUGUCCCAGCUGUAUAAUUGGAAGUGAUUUACUGGAAUUACAAAACUUAUCUUCUUUUUUUUUUUUUUUUUAAUGGUUUUUUUUCCCAAAAUAAUUACUACUCUUUUUGGCUUUUUGCUCUGGCUGCUUUAGGAAACUUAUGCAGGAGAGAUGGCACAAGAGGGCUAAAAACGGAGUGGGGGUCAGGGACUUGAUUUUUAAGCAGCUUGAAUGGUUUCUUUCAUUUUUUAAGAGAUGCACUUGCCUAUGAUACUGUCUCUCCAGUGAAAUGAUUACUGCUCCAUUACUCUAUUGAUACAAUAUUGUGCAUGCUAGUGUCGUAUUUCUAUACAGUAGCUUGAAAUUUAUUAACUUAUACUGUAGAUGUUAUGUAUUCCUAUGACAAAAUAGUCUUCAAAAAUUUUUUAAAGUUUUUUAAUUUAUUUUUCUUUCCUUUUUUUUUUUCGGGGGUAAAGUUUGCUCUACCAAAUAGUGAUCGUAACAAACUGAUCUGUUAUGGAUGUUGCUAUAGUGACAUGCAAUUAUAUAUGAUUUUGUUUUUAAAAAGGAAAAAAAAAAGCAAAAGAAAACACCAGUGUUAGCUUAAUCUUAAUGUCUGGUGUUCGUCAUGGUGAAAUUAUAACUAUUACAGUGUAGGAGAACAAUGACUGUGUUCUUUGAAUGAGCCUUUGUUUGUGCUUUUUGUCAUGUUAUGCAGUGAACUAUUUUUAAGGUCUAAUCAGUGAUUAUUUUUCCAACUCCGUGUUUCUGUAAGGAAUUAUUUCACACACGGACCAUUCUUAGCAGUUUUUCCUCAGUGAUGGAAUAUCAUGAAUGUGAGUCAUUAUGUAGCCGUCGUACAUUGAGCAAAUAAACUUACAGAUCUGACGUCAGCGCUGCUUAA